AUGUCUUCUUCAUUCCUCCAGCUGGUUCUGGACUUUGUUCUCUUCGCCAUCAUUCACUACUGUAUCAUUUUCCCACUAAUUACGCGUCUUCUGGAUUACAUCAAGGGGGAACCAACAACCGUGUACGAUGUAUCAGAGAUCUCAAAGGCACUGCGAACUCUUGUCGGCCAGCAGUCAGAACCAAAGCCAUCGAGUGCUAUCACCGCACCUGCACCAUUCAAAACCGAGUCAACCACAUCAGAGAAAGUUGAGUGCGAAAGAUGUGACUUGCCACUGGAAGACAUACCUCGUUUCACACGACAGAGCUGUGGCUGCACCUGGUGUGCGGGGUGUGUGGAAAAAUGCUUCAAGAACGUCAUCUUCGACCCGGAUAUACCUUUGAAGUGUCUAAGCAAGAGCUGUGAGUUUGCACAGAAACUCACUAUCCGCCAGAUGCGUCCUUAUGUCAAGCACUUGUUGUCAGAAGAGUCCUACAAAGACAUGAAGAGCGCGAUUUUGCUGCGAGACGCUAUGAGCGGGAUCGAUCUGAGCAAGUAUGAUUGGGUGCUUGAAAAUGGUGAGGAGGAGUCCGAGGAGGACAAAUUUUUCCCUGACAUGUCUAGCAUCAAGCGUGAGUCCUGGUAA